UUAAACCUUUUUCUCCAUAAAUUAUCCAGUCUCAAGUAUGUCUUUAUAGCAGUGUGAGAAUGGACUAAUACAGUAAAUUGGUACCACAGAAGUGGGGCAUUGUUAUAAAGCUACCUAAAAAUGUGAAAGCAGUUUUGGAACGGGAUAAUGGGCAGAGAUGGAACAGUUUGGAGGGCUCAGAAAAAGACAGCAAGGUAAGGGAAAGUUUGGAACUUCCAAGAGACUUACUGGAUGGUUUUGACCAAAAUGCGAUAGUGAUAUGGACAAUGAAGGCCAGUCUGAGGGGCUCUCCGAUGGAGAUGAGGAACUUACUGAGAAUUGGAGUAAAGGUCAUUUUUGCUGUGCUUUAGAAAAGAGACUGGCAGGAUUGUUCCCCUGCUCUAGGGAUCUGUGGAACCUUGAACUUGAGAGAGAUGAUUUAGGAUACCUGGAGGAAUAAAUUUCUAAGCAGCAAAGCAUUCAAGAUGUGGCCUAGCUGCUUCUAAAUGCCUAUGCUCAUUUGCAUAAACAAAUAAAUGACCUGAAACUGAAACUUAUAAUUAAAAGAAAAGCAGACCAUAAAAGUUUGAAAAAUUUUCAGCCCAACCAUGUGGUAGGAAAAACAAAAAAACAGACAACAACAACAACAACAAAAAGACAUUUUUUCUGGGGAGGAAUUCAGGAAGGCUGCAGAAAUCCACAUAAGUAAAUAGGAGUCCAACAUUAAUAGCCCAGACAAUGGGGAAAAUGCCUCUAAGAAAUUUCAGAGACCUUCAUGGCAGCCCCUCCCAUGAUAGGCCUGGAAGUCUAGGAGGGAAAAAUGGCAUUCUAUAUCCUGGUCACUUCAGCUCCAGCUGUGGCUAACGAGGCCAAUGUACAGCUCAGGGAAUUGCUUCAGAGGAUGCAAGCCCCAAGCCUUGGCAGCUUCCACACUGUGUUGGGCCUGCAGGUGCACAGAAGGCAAGAGUUGAGGUUUGGGAACCUCUGCCUAGAUUUUAGAGGGUAUAUGGAAAUGCCAGGAUGUUCAGGCAGAAGUCUGCUACAGGGACAGAGCCCUUAUGGAAAACCUCUACUAGGACAGUGUGGAGGGAAAAUGUAGGGCUGCAACCCCCACCCCCCACAGAGUCCCCACUGAGGCAUUACUUAGUGGAGCUAUGAGAAGAGGGCCACCAUCCUGCAGACCCCAGAAUGGUAGAUCCACUGACAGUUUGCAUUGUGUGCCUGGAAAAGCUGCAGGCACUCAAAACAAGCAUGUGAAAGCAGCCAUCAGGGGUGUAUUCUACAGAGCCACAGAGGCAGAGCUUCCCAAGGCCUUGGGAGCCCACCCUUUGCAUCAGCAUGCCCUGGAUGUGAGAUGUGAUACAUGGAGACAAAGGAGAUUAUUUUGGAGCUUUAAGUUUUAAUGACUGGCCUGCUAGGUUUUGGACUUGCAUGGGCCUGUAGUCCCUUUGCUUUGGCCAGUUUACCCAUUUGGAAUGAGAGCAUUUACCCAAUGCCUGUACCACCAUUGUAUCUUGGAAGUAACUAACUUGGUUUUUUUAAUAGGCUCAUAGGUAGAAGAGACUUGCUUUGUCUCAGAUGAGACUUUGGAGUUGGACAUUUGAGUUAAUGCUGGAAUGAGUUAAGACUUUGGGACUGUUAAGAAGGCAUGAUUGUGUUUUGAAAUGUGAGAAGUACAUGAGGUUUGGAAGGAGCCAGGGGUGGAAUGAUAUAGUUUGGCUCUGUGUUCCCACCCAAAUAUCAUAUCGAAUUAUAAUUCUCCAUGUUGGGGGAGAGACCUGGUGGGGAUAAUUGGAUCAUGAGAGUGGAUUUCCCCCUUGCUGUUCUCAUGACAGUGAGUGAAUUCUCACAAGAUCUGAUGGUUUAAAAGUGUAUGGCACUUCCCCUUUCUUUCUCUUUCCUGCUCUGCCAUGAUAAGACAUGUUUGUUUCCCCUCUGCCUUCCACCAUGAUUGUAAGCUUCCUGAUGCCUCCCAGCCAUGUUUCCUAUUAAGCCUGCAGAACUGACUACUAACAAUGAAGCACUGCUACCAUCCGGAGCCUCCUGAGAGUGAAGUGAAGAAAUAGUUUUCCAAAGAGAGAGAGAGAGAAGUCUACCUGACAGAAAUUGUGACCUUCCAUCCAGAAAGUCAGCAUUUAACAAUCCUUGUGAAAGACUGAAUAGGAGAAUAACACUCUGACUUCACUCCCCUCACACUCACCAAACUCGUGGAAGUGUCUUGUAUUGGUUAAACAACUGAAUGCUAGAAGACAAAGGAGCCAAUUGAUUCAGCUUACAAGAUGCUGGACUGGAGAUUGGCAAGUGCACAUUUCAUCCUGGCUGUGACACUGACACUGUGGAGCUCAGGAAAAGUCCUCUCAGUAGGUGUAACAACAACAGAGGCCUUUGAUUCUGGAGUCAUAGAUGUGCAGUCAACACCCACAGUCAGGGAAGAGAAAUCAGCCACUGACCUGACAGCAAAACUCUUGCUUCUUGAUGAAUUGGUGUCCCUAGAAAAUGAUGUGAUUGAGACAAAGAAGAAAAGGAGUUUCUCUGGUUUUGGGUCUCCCCUUGACAGACUCUCAGCUGGCUCUGUAGAUCACAAAGGUAAACAGAGGAAAGUAGUAGAUCAUCCAAAAAGGCGAUUUGGUAUCCCCAUGGAUCGGAUUGGUAGAAACCGGCUUUCAAAUUCCAGAGGCUAAUUGAUUCCAAUUAUGCAACUUCCUUGGGUGAAAUGUCACAGCAAUAUGGAAGAUGCUUCACUGAAGUUAUUCACACUUCUUAAUGAUUAAACUUUUAAGGAACUGACCUGCAAAUCCUUUCCAAAGCUUGAACUUCAGUCCAUCACAUUACAGCAUUGUUACCGCUUCAAUUAAAUUGUGUAAAUCAUUUUGAUGCACGUACAUUUUAAAAUUAUAUAUUUUAAUUAUUCAAGAAUGGUUAACUUCCCCUUAAACCUUACUUUUAAAAAUAAUAAUUAAAUACACAAUACAGUGAGAUGCCUUCUCUAUGGAUUUACCAUGCACAUGUUCGUAGUCAAAGAAUAAUAACAAAAGACAGAUUUGCUUCUGUAAAAUUUAGUUAUAAUCUGUCCAUUAUUGGGGAAUGAGGAAAGGCAAUGGUGUGUAUUUUCUGUUGAGUACUUUCACUUCCCUGUAUUCCAUUUUUCCAAGAGUCUGAUCGGUAAUAAUUAUGAAAUUAGGCUUCUCUUUUCAUAUUCAAGUUUCAGUCAUGUUCAGAAAAAUAAAACACAGCCCCAAUGAGCCUAUUGACUUAGAAUUAAGAAAGUGAAGGACAUUACUCAUUUGUCAAACUUAGAUAUCACUUGUCCCCUAAAAACUUUCCAUUUUUCUAAAUUCUGAUAGUUAAGAGCAGUAGUGUCUCAUUAGGAGGGGAGUAAGCUCACACAGAGGUAAAAAUGAAAGUAGGAGGGAAGUCAAAGAAUUACCACCAGAACAGGUUAGGAGCAGCUAAGCACACAUCAUUUUAGCUCAGUACAUUUCAGCAUAGUACAAUGUGAUCUUUUUGAUAUCUUGGAUUAAUCUAAGAAACUGUUUACUGUGUUUCAUAUAUUGGCUUAUUUGGCUUCAAUUGUCUUAUUAUCCUUAAUAAGCCAAUUGAAGAGCAUAAUGAUUUUGAGAAUGAUUUCUUAAAAAUCAUUCAGAUUAUUUUUGACUUAUUAAAACAUAAGUUUUCAUAUUGCAGAAAACUCAGUUCUCAGUAAUAACUAUGAUGUUACUGUAGCUUGGACACAUAGGCCCAUUGUGCAUUGGAUAUACUUUGAAAACACACAAAAAAACUUUCUAUGGAACAGAGAUUCAUAAGUUACUUAGCAGAAGUUUAUAAAGCAUCUGAAAAACACUUCCUCUGUAAACCCUAAAAAUCACUGUCUGAUAUGUGGGAGGAAAAAAGUUUUGGCCAGUAGAGCAAAGGCUUAUUUCAGCAUAAAAAGAGAGUGUUGUGAGUUGUGAGAAGGUGUCUUAAUUUUAAAGGAAGAGGAGAGAAAUGGGCAAUUGCUAAUCUUAACUAAAAAUUAAUGGACUUGUAUGAUCCAAAGAAUAAAAUAAACUCACAGAAACAUAAAAAUACAUUAGAAAAAGAGUUAAACUAAGAAAUUGACCUUUAUAAAGGACUAAUUUUUCAGUUAUCCAAUGUGCUUUUUAAAGAUAAAGUUUAAAAGAGGCAAAAAGAGGUGAAAGAAAUGAACAUGUGUACUUAGAAUAUAUAUAUUGGUUUUGUAUGUAACUUCUUAGUUUUUCUGGACAUUUUUCAAAUUGGAAGUCUUCAAAAUUAAUUUAGGAAAAAUAGUAAAUAAUUUUUUUUCAUUGUAAUAGAGGGCUGUAGCCAAGAGAAGUGAAUUUUGGGAAAUCUAACCAAUUCUUUUUUUCAUAAACUUGUGUUAGAAAGCUAGCAAUAGCACAUAGGGAAGUAUCCUGGAGGACUCAUGAUUUGAAAGAAUUAAGAAGUUGUGAUAUCCUUGUCUGCCUUUCCCCAACCUUGUGAUGAACUACAGAAAUGUUUCCUAUUGCUUAGAAGCUCUUUCUUUCCUUGUAUUCACAUUUGGAUAUUUGUAAGCUUCUAAUCCAACUGGGUUCUGCUUCGUAAUUGACAAAAGGUAUUAAAACCUACUUUAGCCUAAAACUUUCUCAUGGUAAAUAUUGGAAGUUGGAUUAUGCAAAUUGAUUUCCUCCAUUCUUUAUUUUUUAAUUCAAAAUUAGACUAUGACAUCCAACUUAAAAUAAGUCACAAUAUAGUGAUUUAUGCUAUAGUUUCAUGUGUAAUGUGUUUUCUCCUAAUAUACACACAAUUUCCAUUAAGGGAAGAAAAUGUUUUCUCCACUUACAACUCUAUUUUAUUUCAUAUUUUAAUUUUUACCACUACUUCAUUCAGAGUAGAAAAUAAGCCAGCAAUAUACUAAAUAAUGGGGCUAUUCUUUUAACAUAGCAGUAAAUUAAGACAGAAUUUUUGUUAAGAAUAUGACAAGUCAUCUCACUUACUUAUCCAAUGCAUUAGGUAUUACUAAUCCAACUAUAUUUCAACUUGAAGGGACUUUUUUGUUUUGUUUCAAAAUAAUGCAUUACUUUUUUUUCUUUGCUUCUGUAUGAAGCUUUAUAGAGCAAAUGAAUAUAUGCAUAUGGAGUUCUGGGUUCUAGUGUCAAUUACAUAAUCAAAUUUCAUAAAAGGAUGUUAGUUCCUGGCUAUGUUGUCCUAAAAUUUACACACACUAAAAAAUGUCUGUCAUGUUGUACCUUUAAUCUGUUCAUAGCUUUAGGGAAUUAAGUUUCUUAAACCAAAUUAUGAAAAAAUAACUUAAUGGAAUCUUCUAAAAGGAAAAAGUAUAAAAAGCUUUCUGAAUGAUAUUACCCCUUAUGCCUAAAGGCUCAAGAUGCUUGAAUACGGUUCAACUUUUCCAAAGUUAAUAAACAUGGGAUGAUGAAAGCA